AUGCACUGGGCAGACCUGCUCGUCCUUCUCCCUGCAGCCCCGUACCAGCUGGCAGCUUUCCCCUUCGCCGCUGUCUUCCACUACCUCUGUGCCUCGGGGCACCUCUCUCUGACUGCCCGGUACAUAUUCCUCCUCACUGGAGGAUGUCUCCUUGCUGGCACAGCUAUGGGCAGUUACACUGUAUUGCUCCUCAUCCCUGCUGCUGGUUCCGUGCUCAUCCUCCUCUUCGUCAGCCCAGCUAAUGCCCACACCUGGGUCUUCACCUUACAGAUGUCCUGGCAGACACUCUGCCACUUGGCUCUGAGCAGCCAGGAGCUGAAUGCGCAGGAUGCCAGGCCAGCUGUCACCCUCUCUGCCAUCAUGCUGCUGACCCAGAAGGCAACAUCUCUGGCCCUAGACAUCCACGAAGGGCUUGUGUCACUCCAGCAGGGACAGGGGCUUCUGCAGCAGGUGCUGCCCCUCUGCAGCUACCUGCUCUUCUUCCCAGCCCUCCUGGGGGGGCCUCUCUGCUCCUUCAGCAGGUUUCAGGCCCAGGCUGAGUCCUGCGGCGCUCUCCCCAUCCCACUGAGGGCAGCUGGGUGGCGAUGCCUGGGUGCACUGGCGCUGCAGGGGCUGUGUGUGGGGCUGGCCAGGGGGCUGGGGGGCAGGCAGGGCUGUGCCGGCUGGGGCUGCCUGCCCCAUGUGUGGGCACAGGCCCUGCCCCUCCGGCUGGCCUACUAUCUGCACUGGGUGCUGGACGAGGCCCUGCUCAAGGUGGCGGGCUUUGGGCCAGAGGCAGGCCAGGGAGACCUUUCCUUCCAUGACCUGUGGACACUGGAGACAACCCACCGCCUGGCUGUCUUCACUCGAACCUGGAACAGGAGCACGUCCCGCUGGCUGAGGAGACUCGUCUUCCAGCGCUGCCCUAUCCAGCCACUCCUGGCCACCUUUGCCUUCUCUGCCUGGUGGCAUGGUCUCCGCCCUGGGCAGGUCUUUGGUUUCCUGUGCUGGGCUGUCAUGGUGGAGGCUGACUACCGCAUCCAUCCCUUCCUCAGCGCCCGGGCCACCACCCGUGGCGUGAAGCUCCUAUACUAUGGCACAACCUGGGUCUUCACACAGCUCAUCGUUGCCUACAUCCUGGUGGCUGUGGAGACUGAGAGCUUCUCCAUGCUCUACCUGCUCUGGACUUCCUGCAGCAGCAUCCUUCCCCUCUGCUAUGGCCUCACACUGCUGCUGCUGCUGCUGUGUGCCAAGAAGCAAAAGCAGAAUUGAGCCUGUCUUGGGCUAACCUGUGCGGCUGGUGGGGCACAUCCCUGCAUGCAUGAGUACACAGGGUCAGAAGUGCUGUUGGCCAAGAAAUCUUGUAUUACAGCAUCUCUGGAGAACCAGGUUGGCUUUUACUCUUAG